AUGCGGUUUCAGGCAGGAUGGCUUGGUGUAUGCGCCGCUUUCAUGUCGGCCUUAGCUGCGCAGAUGCCUAUGGACACUCGUAUCGAUAGAAGCUAUUCCAGCGUUGUUGUAUUUGGCGAUUCUCUUGUCGAUAAUGGCAAUGGCACCUACCAGCUGACGAACCGCGAAUGGCCUGCGCCUUGCUGUACAUGGCAGGGUCGAUUUUCGAGUGGGCCUACGUGGCCUGAGGAGCUCGCAGGCCUCCUGCAGGUGUCGCAAGUUCAGGAUUUUGCCUAUGGCGGUUCGACCUCGAACAACAAGAACGUACAGGGCAAGUCAGGAUACAAUGAAUCCAUCCCUGUGCCAGAUCUUGUGACGCAGGUGUCGAAAUACCUUCACACAGCUAAGGAUCAGAGGGCUGACCCGCAUGCCGUAUACAUCUUGUCGACUGGCUCGAAUGACUUGUACUACGGCUCACAAAAGAGCCUUCAUUUGCUCAAGAUGGCCGACCAGGCAGUAGACACAAUUAAGUGUGAAGCUAAGAAACUAAUCGACCUUGGUGCGAACACUGUCGUGCUGACCUCGAUUACUGACAUGGGACUGACGCCAUCUUUCCGACACUAUGGCAAUUUGGUCAUGCGUGGCGGUUCCAACGCGUACAUGUUGCGAUUCAAUCAAAAUAUUCGCGAGGCUGUCAAGGAGCUUCAGCAACCAAAUAUCCAGGUGAUGCUGGCUGAUCUAUACAAAUACAGUGAAGAUAUUUACAAGUCGGCGAAACGGCACGGUAUCAAAAAUACCACAGACGCAUGUCUGCAGGGCUUCUCCAAGACAGAAAAGCAGCACGGCGUCAAGAAGCACAAGUGCGAUAACCCAGACGAAUACCUGUACUGGGACCUCUUUCACCCCACGAAUCGUGCGCACCAAUUGUUGGCACAGGCCGUCAAGUCAGACCUGUUUUGA